CUUUCAGACUCUCGAAUAUCUCAUCUCAAGGAAUGUGUUACAACAUUUUCUCCAGAGGGUCGUUUUGAGAGGAGGGGUUUCUCGCCCACUGUCUGCCUUUGGAUAAUUACAUUUACAGUUUGAUUGUCGUCUGAGGUCUACUACACAGCAAUAUCUCGCUUGGAAGAGCUAAAUUCACUCUUUUUUUUAUUUGAAUGAUGCUGUAUUGACAAUUUUCCAAGAGUGUGGAUUUGGAACAUUUUGUAUUACUGUAGUGGUCUUUUUUUCCCGGAGAAUAGACGAUUAACGGGUUAUUUUCACCUGUGUAUCUAGGAGAUUAAACAUGGAUUAUCACACAUCCAAGAGCUUGGUGUGCGUUUCAUGGUAGAUACCGGGAUACACAAGUUAAAGUUCAACGCAAGGAUUCAAAAGGAUUACAUUAACACCUGCCACUAAUACUCUUAUACAUUUAAAGAAAGCAAGAAGAUGGCAUCCAGCUUGACGUGCGCGGGGAUCAUAUGGGCACUCCUUUCACUUCUAUGUGCAGCGGCAUCUUGUGUUGGAUUUUUUAUGCCCUACUGGCUUUUGGGGUCACAAAUGGAUAAGCCGGUGUCCUUUGGCACUUUCCGGAGGUGCUCGUACCCAGUAAGGGAUGAGACCCGGCAACUGACGAUAAUGGUGGAGCAGUGUGGCAGGUAUGCGUCUUUCCAGGGCAUACCGAGCCUGGAGUGGAAGAUCUGUACCAUAGUUACCGGGGUGGGCUGCGGGCUGCUUCUCCUGGUGGCGCUUACUGCCAUCAUGGGCUGCUGUGUCACAGAACUCAUUUCCAGGACAAUUGGCAGAGUAGCGGGUGGAAUGCAGUUCGUUGGAGGUUUGCUGAUUGGCUCUGGUUGUGCUCUCUAUCCUCUGGGCUGGGACAGUGAAGAAGUCAGGCAGACCUGCAGUAACCUCUCAGACCAGUUUCAAUUGGGUACUUGUCAGAUUGGCUGGGCUUAUUACUGCACUGGCGGUGGAGCAGCUGCUGCAAUGUUAAUUUGCACAUGGCUGGCAUGUUUUGCUGGCAAGAAGCAGAAACACUACCCCUACUAAAGUCUGAAGAGUCAGCAAGACCCAACAAUGAAGAAGGCCUAGGCUAAGAAAACGGGUUGCCUGGCAACCCCUUUAUGGGACUCAUCUUGAAUUUACAGACAUGGGCUGGCUUGCCACAAAAAAGAGGUCCAAUGGACUUUGUGUUGAAACAGGACAUUAGACACCAAGUUGGAAUGCCACAUAGCCUGCAGAUGUCAAUGGUCAUUUAUAAAUAAAGUAUGUGCACAGAGUUAUAGCUUCUUCUUAAAAGUCGUUUUAAAGGACCAAUUUCUUAAGUAGUUCAUAUCCUUGUAUUGUAUCCAUAUUUUAACUAAUUUCUUCACUGUCUGUGGUGUCAAGUAGUAGUUUGUGCAACAACAUCAACAGAAAUAAUACCAAUGUUUCCUUGUUCUUGUGGAGCAAAGUAUUCUUUUUUUCUUGCCUUAACUAUAAAGCGCAAUAAUCUGAGAUCUCAAGUGCAGUACCAGUGUAUUGGAAUGUAGAGGGCCACUAUGGACUGUAGAGUCCUAAAGAGAGGGCGGUAAAGUCUAUCAGUAUGUUUAGUUUACUGUUGGUGUAUGAUAAUGUAUAUUGUAUAUUAUUAGCAUACACAUUUUUUUGUGUAAAUGUAUGUUUUUAUUUUACCACAUUUGUAAAUAAAUUCUGUUUUAACACACCUACUAAAUAUUGGUAUUGUGGACUAACACUCCCUCAGAGAACAUGUUAAAAAUAAUUGGGUUACCAGUGUAUUACACAAGAUAAACCUUAGCAGAACCAUUAGCACAACACAGCAUUAUAGCAACACAAUGGAUUUGAAACAAAACUGCACAGUGGUCCAUGCGGCAGCACACUGGUAAUGAUUUUAUCAACCAAUGGUACAUACCAUUGUAGCAUUGUAAUGGUUUAGUUCCAAACCAUUACAUUGCCCUUGCAUUGUUACCAUUUUUGGUUUCACAAAUACAGUUAUGUAUACCACAAAUACAAUUUAAAUAGCUUGCAGAGUGGAAGCCCUACAACUUUCUGAAAGGGUUGCAUAAUUAUGAUAGACAGAAUUCCAGCACUACUCAUUGUGGUAUCCAGGUUAAUUCACUCAAGUACAUUUGACAUGCUCUGACAGGAAAUCUCAAUUUCACCCAUGAUAUCGUGUCUUUUGAAACACUCUGAAGAUGAGCACAGCUACAAUAAUUUGAAUUUAUAAAAACUGUACUGGCUACUGCACUUGAGUGUUUUAGUUAUACACGACAUUGUACAAAGAGCAAGCCUAAAGCUUACAUACGAAGAACCUCCAUCUUAUGGGACGAGGGAGCAUUUGGUAAUGUCCUACAAUCCUUAGCCCAGUGGUGCCCAGUGCCAAUUGCGCUGUAUCCUGUGGUUCACUGAUGAAAAGCUUAAGCAGUGCAUAAGGUUUGGAUAUUCAUAGUACCCUUCGAAAAGCAUGUAGUGACCUCAGACAGUUCCUGAGGGAAAAAAAAAAACAAACGGAAUCAGGCCUCAAGCAAAUCUAGUCAUGAUACGGAUGCAAAAAAACCCAAAGUAUACAGUUAAAAUAACUGUACCUUCAUUUGCUUGUUCCCUUCCUGGAGCUUCCAAAGUGUUUUUUCUUCAGGCUGAUGUAAGUUGCUUAUUAGGGUUGUUAUUCAGGGCUGCCAACUACCUCCCUUUCCCUUCAGAACACUGCAGCAUACAUUUCCAGUUUAAUAAGUCUGUGUCUCUGUGAUCUCUGUAAGCUCCAAGCAGCAUAAUACUUAGAGCCCUAACAGAGUCAAAUGCUCCCUAAUUUGCUUGUUAAAUUGACACAAUGGGGUCAGUUGAAAAUAAGUGGUUUUCCACAUGGAAAAAAAUACUGUAUAGUAAAAAAACUGCUUAUUAUUUGCAGCAUGCUAAUACCACUGCUGAAAGUGACGCCAUUUGGUUCCAUCUACAGAUAAUUCAAGUAAAGGACAGCAGGCUAUGCUCUAAUUGCAGAUAUAUCACUGUAGUAUUAAAAGCAGGGGCUGAGUUACCUCACUGUGCUACAGCGGCUCCUACUGGCCAGGGACCCGGUGAGCUCGAUCACACACCCAGGUCCUCCUAGGGGGUGGAAGCACACCACCUGCUGUAGAGCUCCAGGCUGUAAAGAGGCUGCAAUGGUUAUCCAACUAGUUCCUUUAUUCAUGGCAAUACCAAUCCAGCUUUUUAAGAUUUUACAGUUAUGUUUGUAACCCAAACAAGAAUCCACUAAGAGCUUAUUUCUAAUAAAAUCAUUAGAGAUGGUUACCAACAA